GAGUGGGCCACGUUCUCCAGGUCAUCCAGCUGGCCCGGGGCAGAGCAAAGGGCAGAAGUCAGCCGCUGACCAGAGCUCAGGAUCCUUCCCGCUCCCGGGUCUCUGCUUCUCUGAGGAAGUGGAAGCCUCCAGCUCCAGCCACAGGAGGCCCCUCGACCUGGGUGAGAUGGAUGCCCUUGAACUAGCGCCACCUGGAGCUCUGUGCCCACACCUGGGCGGCUGGGGAGUGGAGGGGGCAAUAAAUGGGCAAGAUGGCAGCCUCCCAUCUCUGGAAGUGGGAGGGAGCGGCUCCUGCUUUGAAAGCAGGCGGGGCUCCUGUCUGCAGUCGGCCAUGGAACGGUGGUGGCAGCUCCUGUUAGGGCUGUGGACAGUCACGCCGCCCACCUGGGCUGGGGACGAGCUGCUCAAUGUCUGCAUGAACACCAAACACCACAAGCAAGAGCCUGGCCCAGAAGACAAGCUCUACGAGGAGUGCCUCCCCUGGCAAGACAACGCCUGCUGCACGGCGGGCACCAGCUGGGAAGCCCACCUAGACGUGUCCCUGCUCUACAACUUUAGCUUGCUCCACUGUGGGGUGAUGAUGCCAGGCUGCGAGAAGCACUUCCUCCAGGCCGUCUGCUUCUAUGAGUGCUCCCCGAACCUGGGGCCUUGGAUCCGGAAGAUGGACUCGGGCGGGCCAGGAGAGCGAAUUCUGGAUGCGCCCCUGUGCCAGGAGGACUGUGAGCAGUGGUGGGAAGACUGCCGUACAUCUUACACUUGCAAAUCCAACUGGCAUGGCAGCUGGGACCGCAGUGGGGGGAAGAACCGCUGCCCUGCAAGGGCCGUCUGCCGCCCUUUCCCCCAUUACUUUCCCACCCCGGCUGACCUGUGUGAGAAGAUUUGGAGCCGCUCCUUCAAGGCGAGCCCUGAGCACCGGGGCAGCGGACAGUGCCUGCAGAAGUGGUUUGAGCCUGCUAAGUGCAACCCCAAUGUGGCUGUGGCCCGCCUCUUUGCCAGCACGGCCCUGUCCUGGGAAGCCUCCUACAUGCUCAUGGCCUUCUCCCUGCUCCUGUCGUUCCUAUCCCAAAGCCUCUUCUUCUCCCACCCGCAGUCCUGUGCUCCCCCAGCUGUGGGUCAGGCUGGGCCACAGCAGCCCCCUUUCUUGGGUCCUUCAAAUGGAGCAGCACAGGCUGGGGGGUAGGGGAGACACUGAGGCUGCAGAUGCUGGUACCCGAGCCGUGAACAUUCAGUUCAAGGCCUCCACCCCACCCCCCUCUGCUCUGUUCUGCCUUCCUCUGCCUGGAAGGCAGCCAGGGGCUGGGAGCGCCAACGUGACCUGCCCCCU